CCGUUUAAAGCAGGGCUGAGUGUAAAUGCGCAUGCGCGAGAUUUCCUUCUCCUUUACUCUCCGAAGUGAAAUAGAAAGUAACAGAGACAAGACUGGAAAUAAUGUAGUAAACGUCUAAACAUCUCACGUUGGAAUACGAAUGUGCAGAGUAAAUAGAUGCUGCUCACGUCUUCAACCCCUCAGACAGAGAGCAUCCUGUCUUUACACAUUUUGCUCUCCUAAACCAGCUGUGCUAAUGGUGUUAUGUCUGGACAUGACGUCCUGCUGUGUUCACUGCUGUGUCCUCUUCGUAAUCACACUCAUAUCUAUAACUAUACCUGUAUCGGCUGUCACUCUACGGGUGAAGUUUAAUCAGGCUGCUGCUCUGCCCUGUAAAUGGAGCUGUUCUGGUUCAGUUAAAUGGACUCGAGAUGAUGCGGUGGCUCGGUGUAAUCAGACAUCCUGCUGGUCACUAAAGGGGGGAUUUAAAAUGUCCUAUGAUCAGUACCUGAAGGGAGAUCUCACCCUCACCAUCACUGCAGCUGAUUACAGUAUGAGGGGUUUAUACACGUGUGAGUGUGGUGGCAGAGAAAUUAAUGACGUGCAUCUCAGCAUCGAGAAGCUGAUAUCAUCAGUUCAGCUGAAGCCUGGUGAAGAUCUGCAGCUGGAUUUGCACGUAUCAGAGCGAGUGGAGGUGAUCUAUAAUGGUGGAGAUUCAGCAGAUCCACAUGAUGAACAGAUCUGCACUGUGGAUAGAAGCUCACUACGCUGUACAGCUGAAUACACACCGAGAACAUCACUCACUAACACAGUUCUUACACUGAGAGGAGUAAAGCUGGCUGAUCGGGGAGUUUACAUCGUCCGGGACAGGGGGAAUAACGACGACAUUCAUAUUUACACAGUCCUUGUUGAAGCACCAGGUCCACAGAGUGGUGUGCCAGUGUGGGUGAUUGUACUAAUAGUGGUGGGGAUUGUGGGGAUUGUGGGGAUUGGUGUAACAGUGUAUGUGAAGCAGCCAUGCCUGAGGAGUCAAACACCACAGCAAAGACAACAUUUGAACUGUGAAGACACAAGACAGCCUUUGAACAGCAACUCAGAGACAGAACAGCUAAACAGCAGAAAAUCAGAAGAUAGCUUCAUACAGCAGGGUGAUAAUGGAGUAGAAAGAAGGAUGAGAUCUUCAGAGUUAAAUGGAACCAUGGUGCAGUUCCACAGACAGCCGGCAGAGUCGGAUGAUUUCCCACAGAUGGAUGGUGGAGCAGAGAGAGAGCAGAAAUCGAACAGCCCAACAGCAGUUGAGCAUGUGGACAACCAGGUGGAAGAGUCACAUAAGCUCAGUCAACAGUGCAACACUGGAGAUGAAUACAGACAAUACCGUCAGCGUCAGCGAUCCUACAGCGAUGCAGAUUUAUUGCAGCUAAAGACUCACAUGGACGAGCUGAACAAGCAGCAACAUAACAGUGCCUUAGUGGCAGAACAGUUGAGAAUGAGGAUGCAAGAACUUGACAAGUUCAGUCAGAGGCACAGCAUUGUAUUAGGAACAGCACAGAGCAGUACAAACCCAAACAGCAUCUCGCUGAGGGAACACUUUAGGAAGGAGUUGGAGGACCUGGAUAUGAUCGAAGCAUGGUGUAUUAAGAACAAAGAAAUCCUGAGCCAACUAAUAAAGCAGUAUGACUGUGCAGCAGGGAGGGGGCACAAAAGGGGGAGGUCUGAUACUGAGGUCUGUAUAUUGUAAUGAUGUGUUCCCCUAGACAGGAGGGGAACGUAACAGUGUUUUUUUUUCUUUUUUUCUUUCUUUCUUUCUUUUUUUUUUUUUUUUUUUUUAAAAAAAGGAACACUGUCCACAUGGACCAUGUUUUAUAAACCACAUGAAAUUCUGAACAGGAAGAUAUGAUGAUCACUGGAUUAUUACUUGUAAAGUUUUGUAGUACGUCACUGAAAUCUCUGAACGAACUUAUGUUUUUUAAACCGUGGGUUCGAUAGGUUAACUAUGACCUACAAAAAAGAAAAGUUUAAAGUAUGUUAAAUAAGAAAACUAAUACUAAUAAAAACUAUUAAUCAACAUAAGUUGAUAUUGCCACACUGUAUUUCUAAUUAGCUAAUGACAUUUUUUGUAGCAUAAGUGAGAUCAGAUCUAGACAGAGAUUAGACCUACUGUAGAUGGAGUCAGUCAUCUUCUGGCAGCUAAUACCUGUGGUAGCUGCUCAUUAUUGCGCCCCUAUGGGGAUAUGGUGAUGGAAAAAAAUAUGAGAUGGGAGAAACGUUUAUAUUCCAAUGCUUUUGCAAGUGCUCGCGAAACUUUUGUGUUCCCUGAGAAACUUUGCGUUUGCUUGCGAAACUUUUGCAUUCCCCUGAGAAACUUUGCGUUCUCUCACAUUUUUUUUGUGUUCUCUCGCAAAGUUUCUCAAGGGAAUGCAAAGGUUUUGCGAGUGAACACAAAAGCAUUGAAAUAUAAAUUUUCCUCCCAUCUCAUAUCCAUCAUCAUGUCCCGUUAGGGACUCCAUAGCUCAGGGAUUAGGUUACCUGUCAGGAUUUCUAAAUCAUACCUGUUAACCUAACCAUAGAGGAAAUGGAGAUGUGUGUUGGAAACCCUGUAGAAUUCGGGGGUCAUGCCAAACCCCCGAAAAAAAAUGCUCCAUGCUUUGUUUCUCCUUUUAUUAUGAUUGUCUUUGUGAACAAAGGAUGACCAUUUUUCGACAUAAUACAUUUAUAUAAAGCAUCAAAAAAUAAUCUCAACAAAAAGAAAUGUGUGUGCAUGCGUGUGUGUAGGGAUGUAGCACGUGUAUGGCUGCCCACCACUGUAGUCAUAGCACUCUUUUUCCUGGCUGUACCAUCUGUGCAAGACAACAGCAGCGCCAGGUUAGUUGUCAUUACACAUUAUCACACCUAUAUUUACUUCUAAUUUCCAUUUCAGCAGUGCAGUGAGUGUCCGUCCCCAUUCUUUUCCUCUGAUUUUCACUUUAAUGUCAUCUGAUACCACAAUCUUUACAUCAUCAUUUUGUUGUGUAUCUAUGCUGUUUAGCCGCUGGUUGCUUAUUAGCAUCCACUGUUGGAGGUUUAGUCUUUGUGUGAAAUGAGCUUUAACUCGUGGGAUUAUUUCUUUUAUCUAUUCUAUUAUCUCUUUUUCCAUGAUUAUUCAUUAAUGGUUACAUGAUUUAUUCAUUUAUGAUCAAUUAAAUUUUUAUGUGAUUUCUGUAACUGUCUUUGUUCACUCAUGAUUUAUGCAUCUGUUCUUUGGGUCAUAAUGUUCUGUCCAUGCUCAUGUUUUUCUCCUCUCUUAGCCUUGGGCAUUAUCUGUGUGGUCCUCUUGCAUGCACACAUCAGUAUAAAAGCCUGCUGUGUUCAGUUUUUGUUUACACUAUGGAACGCCCAGGUUGUCUUUAAGCAGGCAUGCAAUAAACCAUCUUUUUUUGUUGUACCCU